AUGAAUGAGAAGCUGAGGAAUGGAAGUGGGAGUUCAAGCUCAAGUUUGAACAGCAUAUUUUUGGAAACAGAGGAUGACCAAACAAUUGCAAGCAUAUUAGCGGAGGACGAAAAUCUCAAGGCAGACAACAGGCUUGGAAAGAGGCUUUCACAUUUAGAUUCCAUUCCACACACUCCCCGCGUUAAUGGAGAAAUUCCUGAUGCAAAUGAUGCUACAGUAGACCACAAGAGGCUGUCUGAAAGGUUAGUUGCAAAUGGUUUGGCAGAACUACAGAUGGAGGGUGAUGGGAAUUGCCAGUUUCGAGCAUUAGCAGAUCAGCUGUUCCGCAAGCCUGAUUAUCACAAGCAUGUUAGGAGGCAGGUUAUAAAGCAGCUAAAGCAUCACAAAACUUUGUAUGAAGGUUAUGUACCAAUGGAGUACAAAAGCUACUUGAAGAAGAUGAAAAAAUCAGGGGAGUGGGGAGAUCAUGUUACACUACAAGCAGCUGCAGACCGUUUUGAUGCCAAAGUUUGUUUAGUAACCUCUUUCAGAGACACUUACUAUGUUGAGAUCCUUCCAACUGACAAAAAUCCCACUAGAGGCAAAGCUAUGGCUAAGCUUUUGGAGUGA